AUGUCGCUCAAAGGCUACCACGAAGCCUCGCUGCAUCCGCCGGCCGCGUACGAUGCGGCGGCGCCGGAGGAGUGGGAGUGGGACUGGGGGGAAGCCCUCCUCGACAGAUCCGCCUACAUGGUCGACAAGAAAGACCACCAGAAAAACCAUACCUCCGCCUGCCAUCGAUUCCGGAGGAACCUGCGCGGCAGGGAGGUGAAGGUGGAGAUGCAGGUGAGCCUGUUCAUGGCGCCGCCGCCUCGCGUCUCCUACUUCUGCUGCUCCGCUAACCGCACCGACGACGCCGACGACGAGCACCGGGAACAAGAAGACGCCCCCCGCCUGUUCGUCCGCGAGCCUUGGAUGAUCGCCACGGCGGGCGACCUUGCCCUCCUCACCCUCUGCCACGGCCACAACCGUGCCUUCUACGGCGAAAACAGCAACUACGACUACUUCCUCUACCAGGCAGCAGCCUCGCCGGCGGGGUCGCCGGAGCUCACCCGGCUCCCGCGGCCCCAACCCGACAUGCUGCCAGCUUUUGGAACUCGCUGCUUCCCUACCGGCAGUAUCGGUGUCUUGCGUUACCACAGCAACAGCCCCAAGGAUGAUGCCUGUGAUGCCUACAGGAUCGCGGCGCUCGCCUACGACCCUUUCCACCCCGGCCAUUCCGGAUACUACCUGUGCACCUACGACUCCAAGGACCCUCGGUGGAGACGCACGCCCACUGCCUCUCCACAGCCACCGCCGCCUGACGACUUUGUGUCCAGCAAGGUCCACGCCGAACCCAGCCCGCGCUCGCAAACGCCUAGCGGCUGGACGGUGGUCACGUGGACCUUGGAGGGGCUCAAUGGCGGUCUGGACGCCAUGUUUUUCCGGCAGGAGCACGAGAUCCAUUCUGGAGAUAUCCACGGCUACAACCUGCCCCAGUCUCUCUUUGUUUCCAACCCCAUCCUCAGCUCCCACAGUGAUGGCGUCCUCUACCUCUUGACCAAUGCCAGCAGCGAAAACACCAACACCAGGACGUCGAAGGUGAUUGCUCUUGACCUCAACCAGAAGACGCUGCUGGACGUGCAGGAAUUCGACAUGCAAAGACCCAGCUCCUACAUGGCCACCAGCAUCUCCAGCUAUCUCAUGCCAGCUGCUGCAGGUAUGAGUCUUGGUAAUCUGUACUGUGAUCCUCUAAUGGUUCAUGGAGGCCAGAAGAUCACAGCGAGGCAGCGAUGGACACCAACCCAGAUGCAGCUGCAGAUCCUCGAGAUCGUUUUCAACCAAGGAAAUGGAACACCAAGCAAGCAGAAGAUAAAAGACAUCACAGCGGAGCUCUCGCAGCAUGGCCAGAUCUCGGAGACCAACGUCUACAACUGGUUCCAAAACAGACGUGCACGCUCGAAGCGGAAGCAAGCAGCUUCUUCUCUACCAAAUAACGCUGAAUCCGAAGCCGAGGGGGAUGAGGAGUCCCUGACCGACAAGAAGCCUAGAUCAGAUGGGUCACAGCAGCAGAACAUGGCUGUGAGAGCUCACAACCCUGAGAGGAUCUCAGAGAUGCACCGCCACUUCGACGCAGCAGAGCGUGAGCAGGUCCGUGGUCCAAUGAUGUAUGGGUCCAGCAACGACACCUCAAGGUCGUAG